AUGCAAUACCUAUUCUUCUUCGUCGUUGGUCUGUCCUUGAUCGGAUCAAUUGCUAGCUCUUCGAAUUCCAUUCAAGAUUUUGUUGAUCAACUUCUAUCAAAGUAUGACAAUAAAUUGGAUGUCAUUGAGAAAAAUCCACUCCUUGUCGAGCGUAUCUAUCGUUACUAUCAACAAAAAUAUCCUCGAGCAGAACAAUCACGCGACUUUGAUUCGACCAUUCUAAUGAAACACAAGGAAAUCUUCAAAGAAAAUCUGAAAAUGAUUCUUGCACAUAAUCAAAAUCCUCAAUCAACAUUCAAACUAAAACUAAAUCAUAUGAGUGAUUGGACGGAUGAAGAAUCGGCAGCAAUACGAGCGAAAAUUCCCGUCGAACCGAUCAAAACUAUGUCACGAAUUGGUACAGUACAACAGCGAACGCUUACUGUACCGGAUACUUACGAUUGGAGAAAUCAAACUCGAGUACCCAAUGCAGUCACACCAAUCAAAGAUCAACGUCACUGUGGUUCGUGUUAUGCUUUUGCAAUGGUUGGUGCUUUGGAAAAAACCUACGCACAAAUCUACAAUGCAAGUGGCCCAUUGAGUGCACAACAAUUGAUCGAUUGUUCCUAUGAAAGUGGAUGCGAAGGUGGUAGUUUCGUCGGCACAUUUAGAUAUAUCAAGGAUAAUGGCGAUCGACUCAAUUUAGAAAAAGAUUACCCCUCAACACCAAACGGUGCCAAACAAGAUAAAUGUCAAAAUUCGAGUGGCCAAGUGUUGAACUAUAAUCAAACAUUCGCUCUUCAAUAUCGUCAAUUACCAACAAAUAAUGAAGCAUACAUGAAACAAACUGUCUAUGAACAAGGUCCAAUCUAUGUGUAUUACAAUGCGGGCAAACGUGAAGGUAACAAUACGGUCCUUCGCGAAGCAUCCACCAAAUUCGAUCAUUACGCCACCGGCAUUUACGAUGUUCCAGGCUGUCCAACUCAUGAAAAUAUGAAUCAUGCUAUGGUUAUUAUUGGUUAUGGUACAGAAAAUGGAACAGAUUAUUGGUUAGUUAAAAAUUCCUGGGGUGCCUCGUGGGGCGAUAAUGGCUACAUUAAAAUUAAGCGAAAUUCCAAUAUGUGUGGUAUUGCCACGUGGCCAUUUUAUGCGGGAUUAUUUUAA